CUUUGACCCCAAAUCGCCCAACCAAUUUUGUCUUUGUCACGUCGCUCCUUGCCAUCCCCCCAUUGUCUUGUCCGUCUCUGCUCCCUUUGUCCUCCCCUUCACUGCUGUCUGCGCUACUUCCUUUUAAUCCAGCGAGGCGGCGACUUCCAAGGUUCCGGCCCCUCGUUCCUGCUUCUUUGGCCAUUUGCCCCUUCUGCGUCGUCCGUUCCGCCCGUUUCCGCCAGCAGGAGCGUCGCCCGACGACGAAACAAGGCACCGCCGGAGACUUCUCUUGCCGUGGCCAAUUCGUAUCACGACUUCGCCCUCUUCGUUCCCUUGCAGACGAUUUUCCCUUUCGUACUGUCCGUCAGCCUCGCUUUGGCUUUUCCCAGGCCCCCUCUUUCGCUUCGACGAUCCUUGUGACCACACACACGACACACCCGAUUUCUGCGUCUCAACCAGCGCAAUCACAGCCAUGGGAGCAGACUGGAUUCAAUUCGGUGCGCCGACGCUCGAUCGUCCCUUUGGCCUGGCUCUAUGGCCCAUCUUCGAGAAGGCGUACGGCUCUGUGAUGGGCUACGCACCCCAGGACUUCCGCUUCGUGCAGGGCAAGACUCCCAUGUCGACGUUCGGCGUGACAGCCAGCACUUUGCUUGCCUACUAUGUCAUCAUCUUCGGCGGUCGUGAGAUCAUGCGCAACCGCGAGCCGCUCAAGCUCAAUGGCCUGUUCAAGAUCCACAAUCUCUAUCUGACAGCGAUCAGCGGUAUUCUGCUUGUCCUGUUUCUGGAGCAGCUCAUCCCUGAGAUUGCCAGAAAUGGCGUGUUCCAUGCUAUCUGCGCCCACGACGGCGGCUGGACCGACAAGAUGGUCGUUCUGUACUAUCUUAACUAUCUUACCAAGUAUCUCGAGCUUCUAGACACAGUCUUCCUCUUCCUGAAGAAGAAGCCUCUCACCUUCCUGCACACAUAUCAUCACGGCGCAACGGCUCUCCUCUGCUACACCCAGCUUCUCGGCCAGACCGCAGUGUCCUGGGUCCCCAUCACUCUGAACUUGACUGUCCAUGUCGUCAUGUACUGGUACUACUUCCAGAGUGCACGUGGAAUUCGCAUCUGGUGGAAGCAGUACAUCACCAUCAUGCAGAUUACCCAAUUCAUCCUCGACCUUGGCUUUGUCUACUUCGCGUCCUACACCUACUUCACCAGCACUUACUGGGAUUGGCUGCCCAACGCCGGCAAAUGCGCUGGCGAGGAAUUCGCUGCGAUUGCCGGUAUCUGCAUCCUCUCGUCGUACUUGCUGCUCUUCAUUUCGUUCUACGCUGCGACAUACAAGAAGCCACUCAAGGGUCGCGCCAGGGCCAGAAGCGCUCUCAAGGAGAUGGCCAGUGACCAAGUGCCAACUGUCAGGGAAGCAGCAAGGCGAUUGUCGUUCUCAUCUUCCGGAAAGUCGAACGCGUAUCAGCUCCCGGUGCAGAACGAGAAGACCGGAAUGACUACGCGUAGCCGCAAGGCGUAAAAAGUACCCCUCUUUAAUACAAGAAGAGGUGUGCCUCGUUCGUGAGCGUAUUGUUAACGAGCUUAGAGGAGCGGAUCAGAACAUUGACAAAUUCCAUCUCUUUCUCCGCCAUGCGAGCUUGAGGUCUGCCCGAUCAACCUUUUGAUCUUGGGGUUGGAACCGUGGCGCUUCCACCGUUUACGGUGUGACAGUAAUUUCCGAUGGCAAGAGCCGUCAAUUUUUGGUUCAUUCUGUACUUUUUUGAAACUGAAUUAAUUUUUCUUAUUGCAUGGACCGGGUGUAUGUGAUGUAUUGGAGCCUAGGCGGGAGGCACAAUGUACGAUUAUUUCAAGGUGGAACCAUUGUUACUUAGACCAUGGUUGAGAAGACGUGUGUAGCAUCUUGUCUGCAACGUGGGCAAUUCUAUGGUCAGCGAGAGUAGAAUAACACGGAUAAUGCAUUAAUGUAGCGGACCUUUGCAACAUAAUGUGCAAAUGACGAAGCUUUCCAGCAGUCGUAAAGGUGGAGAGUUUGGCUCAGAAACGUAAUUUAUCACAUGCAAGCAGGCUAGGAGUAAGAUAUACGAGCUCCACCUUAAUGAGAGCGGG